AUGGGCUACCAGGCCUGUCCUGUUUUCCUCUUAAUACUCGAUCGUCUUUUUAUCUUACUGGAUACGGGUACUACCCCAGUUACAAGAAAAGCCGCUGCACAGCAACUUGGAGAAGUGGUGAAACUUCAUCCUCAUGAAUUAAAUAAUUUGUUAUCUAAGGUAUUAAUAUAUUUAAGGAGUGCAAAUUGGGAUACUCGGAUUGCAGCAGGACAAGCUGUUGAAGCUAUAGUGAAAAACGUGCCUGAGUGGAAUCCAGUGCCAAGAACCAAACAAGAACCCACAGAGUGUUCUAUGGAAGAUUCAUCUACUACAGAUCGAUUAAAUUUUGACAGAUUUGAUAUAUGCAGAUUGUUACAGCAUGGGGCAUCACUUUUGGGGUCUGCUGGUGCAGAAUUUGAAGUUCAAGAUGAAAAAUCAGGUGAAGUGGAUCCUAAAGAGAGGAUAGCACGCCAACGGAAAUUAUUACAGAAGAAACUUGGACUUAAUAUGGGAGAAGCAAUUGGAAUGAGUACUGAAGAACUCUUCAACGAUGAAGACUUGGAUUAUACUCCAACUUCAGCAGCCCUUGUAAACAAACAAUCUACUCUCCAAGCAGCUGAAUUGAUUGAUUCAGAAUUCCGAGCAGGAAUGAGUAAUAGACAGAAGAACAAAGCUAAAAGAAUGGCCAAGCUAUUUGCAAAACAGAGAUCCAGGGAUGCAGUGGAAACAAAUGAGAAGAGCAAUGACAGCACUGAUGGAGAGCCGGAAGAAAAGAGACGGAAAGUAGCAAAUGUCGUUAUCAAUCAGACUGCGAGUGAUGCCAAAGUCUUGAUAGAUAAUGUUCCAGAAAGUUCUUCCUUCAUUGAAGAGACAAAUGAAUGGCCUUUGGAAAGCUUUUGUGAAGAACUUUGCAAUGACCUUUUUAAUCCUUCCUGGGAGGUUCGACAUGGGGCGGGUACUGGACUCAGAGAAAUUCUUAAAGCUCAUGGGAAAAGUGGUGGUAAAAUGGGAGACAGCACUUUAGAAGAGAUGAUUCAGCAGCAUCAAGAGUGGUUGGAAGACUUGGUCAUUAGACUCCUUUGUGUUUUUGCAUUGGACAGAUUUGGAGACUUUGUUUCUGAUGAAGUUGUAGCUCCAGUUCGUGAAACUUGUGCUCAAACAUUAGGUGUCGUUUUAAAGCACAUGAACGAAACAGGAGUUCAUAAGACAGUGGAUGUGCUGCUGAAAUUAUUGACACAAGAACAGUGGGAAGUUAGACAUGGUGGUCUUCUGGGAAUAAAAUAUGCUUUGGCAGUUCGUCAGGACGUGAUUAAUACUUUAUUGCCUAAAGUUUUAACUCGAAUAAUCGAAGGACUCCAGGACCUUGAUGACGAUGUUAGAGCUGUUGCUGCAGCAUCCUUAGUUCCUGUAGUAGAAAGCCUUGUCUACCUUCAGACUCAAAAGGUGCCCUCCAUUAUAAAUACCUUAUGGGAUUCUCUUCUGGAAUUAGAUGAUCUAACAGCUUCAACCAAUAGUAUUAUGACUCUCCUUUCAUCCAUGUUAACUUACCCUCAGGUCCAGCAAUGCAGUAUUCAGCAGUCACUCACAGUUUUAGUCCCACGGGUCUGGCCAUUUUUACAUCACACUAUAUCUUCAGUUCGAAGAGCAGCAUUGGAAACUCUCUUUACAUUAUUAUCAACACAGGACCAGAACUCGUCGUCUUGGCUUAUCCCUAUCCUGUCUGAUAUGCUGCGGCACAUCUUUCAGUUCUGUGUUUUAGAAAGCAGCCAGGAAAUUCUGGAUCUCAUUCACAAGGUCUGGAUGGAACUGUUGAGCAAGGCUUCAGUUCAGUAUGUGGUAGCAGCUGCUUGCCCGUGGAUGGGUGCUUGGCUUUGCUUAAUGAUGCAGCCUUCUCAUUUACCUAUUGAUUUAAAUAUGCUGCUCGAAGUAAAAGCCAGAACCAAGGAAAAAACAGGUGGUAAGGUCCGGCAAGGUCAGAUGCAGAGUAAAGAGGUGCUUCAGGAGUACAUCGCGGGGGCAGACACCAUCAUGGAGGACCCAGCUACCAGGGACUUUGUAGUUAUGAGGGCCAGGAUGAUGGCAGCUAAGUUGUUAGGAGCACUCUGUUGCUGUAUUUGUGAUCCAGGUGUAAAUAUGGUAAACCAAGAAAUUAAACCAGCAGAAUCCCUCGGCCAGUUGCUACUCUUCCAUUUGAAUUCCAAAUCUGCUUUACAGAGAAUUAGUGCUGCGUUAGUAAUCUGUGAAUGGGCUGCUUUGCAAAAGGAGUGUAAAGCUGUUACCCUAGCUGUGCAACCGCGUUUACUUGAUAUCCUUUCAGAACAUUUGUAUUAUGAUGAAAUUGCUGUUCCGUUCACACGAAUGCAGAAUGAAUGUAAACAGUUUAUAUCGUCAUUAGCUGACGCACAUAUUGAAGUUGGUAAUAGAGUAAACAACAAUGUUUUAACAAUAGAUCAAGCUAACGACCUGGUAACUACUCUUUUUAAUGAAGUCACGUCAACUUUUGAUUUAAAUCCUCAAGUGUUACAGCAGUUAGAUAGUAAACGGCAUCAGGUCCAAAUGACAGUUGCAGAGACGAACCAGGAGUGGCAAGUGUUGCAGCUGAGAGUGCAUACGUUUGCUGCAUGUGCAGUUGUGAGCUUGCAGCAGCUUCCGGAGAAACUAAAUCCUAUCAUAAAACCACUUAUGGAAACAAUUAAAAAAGAAGAGAAUACGCUAGUACAAAACUAUGCUGCUCAGUACAUAGCUAAGCUUCUUCAGCAGUGUACAACAAGGACACCAUGUCCUAAUUCAAAAGUUAUUAAAAACCUCUGUAGCUCUCUUUGUGUGGACCCAUACCUCACUCCCUGUGUAACAUGUCCAGUGCCAACACAAAGUGGCCAGGAAAACUCUAAAGGAUCCAACUCAGAAAAAGACGGAAUGCACCAUACUGUCACCAAGCACAGAGGCAUCAUUACGCUCUACAGGCAUCAGAAAGCAGCUUUUGCCAUUACAAGCAGGAGAGGCCCUAUCCCCAAAGCAAUCAAAGCUCAGAUAGCAGAUCUACCUGCAGGAAGUAGUGGGAAUAUCCUGGUUGAACUUGACGAGGGUCAAAAGCCUUACCUGGUACAACGGAGAGGAGCCGAAUUUGCCCUAACAACUGUAGUGAAGCAUUUUGGUGCUGAAAUGGCACUGAAAUUGCCGCAUCUUUGGGACGCGAUGGUUGGUCCACUGAAGACGAUGAUUGACCUAAAUAACUUUGAUGGAAAGUCCCUCCUGGAAAGAGGUGAUGCUCCUGCUCAAGAACUGGUGAAUUCCCUGCAAGUGUUUGAAACAGCAGCAGCUUCGAUGGACUCUGAACUUCACCCCUUGCUGGUGCAGCACCUGCCUCAUCUUUACAUGUGCCUUCAGUACCCCAGCACUGCAGUGAGGCAUAUGGCAGCUCGCUGCGUAGGCGUCAUGAGUAAGAUAGCUACCAUGGAGACCAUGAAUAUUUUUUUGGAGAAGGUACUUCCCUGGCUGGGAGCAAUUGAUGACAAUGUCAAGCAAGAAGGUGCAAUUGAAGCACUUGCCUGUGUUAUGGAACAAUUGGAUGUUGGCAUUGUCCCAUACAUUGUCCUUUUAGUUGUUCCUGUGUUGGGAAGAAUGAGUGAUCAGACAGACAGUGUGAGAUUCAUGGCUACUCAGUGCUUUGCAACACUGAUUAGACUGAUGCCACUCGAGGCAGGCAUUCCGGACCCUCCAAACAUGUCAGAAGAAUUAAUCCAGUUGAAGGCAAAAGAGCGACACUUUUUAGAGCAGUUGUUAGAUGGGAAGAAGCUAGAAAAUUACAAGAUCCCAGUGCCAAUCAAUGCUGAGCUUAGGAAGUACCAGCAGGAUGGUGUGAACUGGUUAGCCUUUCUCAAUAAGUAUAAGCUUCAUGGGAUUCUAUGUGACGACAUGGGCUUAGGGAAAACACUGCAGUCCAUCUGCAUCCUAGCCGGCGACCAUUGUCAGAGGGCCCAGGAAUAUGCAAGAUCGAAACUGGCAGAAUGUAUGCCACUUCCUUCCUUGGUGGUUUGCCCACCGACAUUAACAGGCCAUUGGGUGGAUGAAGUAGGUAAAUUCUGCUCCAGAGAAUAUCUCAACCCAUUGCAUUAUACUGGCCCUCCCACUGAAAGGAUAAGGUUGCAACAUCAAGUAAAAAGGCAUAAUCUGAUAGUAGCCUCAUAUGAUGUUGUGAGGAAUGACAUAGACUUUUUUAGGAAUAUUAAAUUUAACUACUGUAUUCUUGAUGAAGGCCAUGUCAUAAAAAAUGGAAAAACCAAAUUGUCAAAAGCAGUAAAACAACUGACUGCUAACUAUAGGAUUAUUCUUUCUGGAACACCAAUCCAGAACAAUGUUUUGGAGUUGUGGUCAUUAUUUGAUUUCCUUAUGCCUGGAUUUUUGGGUACUGAACGCCAGUUUGCUGCUCGAUAUGGCAAACCUAUAUUAGCGAGUAGGGAUGCACGAAGCUCCAGUCGAGAGCAAGAAGCAGGUGUUCUUGCCAUGGAUGCACUGCACCGCCAAGUUCUGCCAUUCCUUCUCAGAAGAAUGAAAGAAGAUGUUUUGCAGGAUCUUCCACCUAAAAUUAUUCAAGACUAUUACUGUACUCUUAGCCCUCUCCAGGUUCAGCUUUAUGAAGAUUUUGCUAAGUCGCGUGCCAAGUGUGAUGUUGAUGAGACUGUGUCUUCUGCUGCACUCUCAGAAGAAACUGAAAAACCAAAGCUGAAAGCUACAGGUCACGUGUUCCAGGCUUUGCAAUAUUUACGUAAACUCUGCAACCAUCCGGCAUUGGUCUUAACACCUCAGCAUCCAGAAUUCAAGAAUACUACUGAAAAGCUGGCAGUUCAGAAUUCUUCCCUUCAUGAUAUCCAACACGCCCCUAAGCUCUCAGCCCUGAAACAAUUGCUGUUGGACUGUGGCUUGGGAAAUGGCACUUCUUCGGAGAGCGGCACAGAGUCUGUUGUGGCACAGCACAGAAUACUGAUCUUCUGUCAGCUUAAAAGCAUGCUCGAUAUAGUAGAACAUGAUCUGCUCAAGCCUCACCUGCCCUCUGUCACUUACUUGAGACUGGAUGGCAGCAUACCUCCUGGACAGAGGCACUCCAUUGUGUCCCGGUUUAACAAUGACCCAUCCAUUGAUGUUCUUCUACUCACAACUCAUGUUGGUGGCCUAGGGCUUAACCUGACUGGUGCUGACACUGUGGUGUUUGUGGAGCAUGACUGGAACCCUAUGCGAGAUUUACAGGCCAUGGACCGGGCCCAUCGUAUUGGGCAGAAACGUGUGGUUAAUGUCUACCGGUUGAUAACAAGAGGAACACUAGAAGAAAAGAUCAUGGGCUUGCAGAAAUUCAAGAUGAACAUUGCAAAUACCGUUAUUAGCCAAGAAAAUUCCAGCUUACAGAGUAUGGGGACUGACCAGCUUCUCGACCUGUUUACUCUAGACAAGGAUGGAAAGGCAGAAAAGGCUGACAGCUCCACCUCUGGAAAAGCGAGCAUGAAAUCAGUUCUUGAAAACCUGAGUGACCUCUGGGACGCCGAGCAGUAUGAUUCCGAGUACAACCUGGAGACCUUCAUGCGCUCUCUCGAGUGACUGCUGCAUGCUGGGGCGGCGGCUGCCAGCUCAGUUCCUUCUGCUGACCUCAGCAGACCUCAGUCUCUGGCGAACUUGACUGAGUUAUAAAUAGAUCUGGAGAACACGCAGCUUAGUGCUGCCUCUUGCUUCAUUGGGGAACAAGUUACUCUCAAGUAUUUGCACUGUAUUAACUAUGACAUGUUAAUGUGAAAGGUUUAAAUUUACACGACGACUAGCUGCAGACAAAGGGAGCGGCCAGGUCUCCAUGUGCUACCAGGAGGUGCUUCUGCAGGGACAGCCUCUACAGUCACUUUCUCCACGGUGAGAUCACCAGUACUGUGGCGUUUGUAUGCAUUCGUGUUCUUUAAAAUAGUACUUGUUUUUAUAAUUGAUUACACGUAGGGCUUCUUUUGUAUAAAAGCCUUAAUGAGCCAUACUUUUCAGAAUUUCUGAGUGACUUUAAUAUUAGCCCUAUGACAUGAAAUGUUAAGCAAUGAAUUGAACAAGGCCCUGUGGCAACCUUUGUAUAUUUAAUGCAGAUGCAUAUAGUGUUUUUCAAAUCCUUUAACAUCAUUUAUUCACUUUGAAAGUCUACUAAACAAUAAAUGCAGGUACUGGUAUAUUUAAGGCUACCAUUAACAUCCUAUUAGAGGGUGGGUUUCUGUUUAAUUUAUCUAAUGGCUAGGACAUAGCCUGAUUCAAAGAACAUAUAUGUAUUCAGUAUGUUUCAAUCAUAUAUAUAUAUAUAUAAAUAUAUAUAUAUUUUGUAACUAGGAACACACACAGUUUUCCAGACAUAGAUUUUACAUUGCUUAAAAUCCUGAACCCCGUGGUAAAGGCAGUUUACUGUGGUAGGGCAUGCCUGACACAUGGGAGCAAUGCUCUUCAUACACGGCAUACAAGGAUACACGUGUCUAUAUGACAGUGACCAUCCCACACCAGAGAAUGUGUCUGGCUUUGGCACUAAAUCAUGUAGUUAUACCAGACAGCAAUAAUCGAGCACGGAGCUAACGAGCUACUUCAGCAGCUCACUGGUGAGGGUGGGGAGCUGUAUAUAGAUAUGCAUGUAUGUGUAUGUAUAUAUAAUUUUAUAAAUUCCCCACGUAAAUUAAUACAUGCCCAUGUAUACACACAUUUGUGGAAUAUAUUUGUAUAUAUGUAUGUACAGGUAAGAAACAUCCCUAAGGUUGUGUCUGGCCCUGCACCCAGGCAUCAACUUAAAACCAUCAGACCUCAGUUGUACAAGAGCAAGGUUUGUUUAAUAACUCGGAGCUCCGCAGCACCCAGAUGUGAAGUCUGUCUGUCACACUCGGGUAGCCUUGACAACCAUCCUGUAAUGCUGAACCUAGCAUUCCAAAAGAAUAAACAUCAAGUUGUACCGUGUGUGCGGUGUGUGUUGUUUACAGGGAGACGCACAGGCUGCUGGAGCCACACUUUGUAUGCAAGGUUUGUAUUCAAAUAGAGGACCAAAAGGAAAACUCCAUGUAGAUUCCAUGUAGAAGAUAGAGUGCACCUGAAUGCUGUUAUACACUGUUCGUUUGCUACUUCCAUAUCUAAAAGCAGGGAGAAGUUUUAUCGUUGAAAUAGGAAGGGCAGAAGCAUUCAGGCCAUAUAUUAGUGUUUUGUUUUUCCUCCUCACUUGAAAAGUCACAACAGGAAGCCAGGUAAAGUUCCUGGGUUUCAUCAGAAAGUACAUGUGCAUACUGGCAAACAAUUUCUCAAGAUAAAGCAUCUUGUCCUUUUUGUGAGGAACAGUGACAUUUUAAAAACCUUUUAUUGUAAAAUGUAAAGCCACACAUUUUCGUUUCCCAACAAAGGCACAUGACCCAGAGUAUGGUACGUGUCCGUCCGACAGUGGGGAACACUACUGAGGAAGGGCAUGUGUUAAACCCGUUACCAGCUGUGUGGGGUGACUAUGUACUAGUUAUGUGUUUAAAAUGUGUGGGUUUUGGAGCUCAAAUAUACACGGUAGUGUUGGUGCUGAACUGGAUUGUGGGUUCAUGGAAUCCAUUGUACUACUGUUGAAAUUUUCAAAUUGUUAAUUACAUUUAGGGUUGAUCAAACAUUGUUUCUUGUAGGAAAGCCUAAGAUUCAAGGUUCUGGGUCAAAUUUAUACACACCACUCACAAAUCCUAGUCUUGGAGGAGAGCUGGUUACUUGGUCCUCUAUUGAGAUGGUUUAUAGAGGUUUGGGCAAAUGUUAGUAUCCAGGGGUGCCAUCUGAAGGUGUGACAGUGUGGCAUCAUGCCCCUUGAAUGUACUUGAUCUCAGAACUCAGCCGGGUCAGGCACCUUAGUCCUUGCAGAGAGCAUGACCAUUUAAGUGACAAAACUGCAGCUACGAACACAAUAGAGCUAGGCACGGUGGCACACGACGUUAAUCCCAGCACUCAGGAGGUAGACGUAGAUGGAUUUUUUUUUUUUCUUCUUUUUUUUCGGAGCUGGGGACCGAACCCAGGGCUUUGCGCUUGCUAGGCAAGCGCUCUCCCACUGAGCUAAAUCCCCAACCCCUGAUGGAUCUCUUGAGUUCGAGGCCAGCCUGGGCUACAGAGUGAGUUCCAGGACAGCCAGGGCUAUACAGAGAAACCUUGUCUCAAAACGAUAACAAACCAACGAAAUAGAAUUUGCAGGGAAGAACAAUGUCUAUGUUGAGUUUUGCCCACUAACCUGGCCUUGUAUCUUCUUCAGACCUCAACUUCCCAGGACCCGAUGGUACUGGGGGGAUUAAGUGACAUUAUAAAUGCAGGGGUGUCUGUAAUCAAAUGUCAAAAAAAUUCAGUGUGAAUCAAUACAAUAAAAACUUGAGUUUUGCUACCAA